ACUGGCUGCUUUCACCACUUACCUUUUCUAUUUAUAUAUAUUUUUUGACACAAAGAUCAAAACUUCCCCCUCUCAAGAGCCCCAUCUUCCCCAAUUUUCCUCUGGGUCGGCCUUAAAAACUCGCGAUUUCCUCUGUGCAAAGGGUCAAAAUUAGCUCUUGGAUAGUUAGGUUUUGGAUCAGAAGAAAAGGAGAGAACAUUGGGGUUGAAUUUAAUGGCCGUAUCUUGAGUUAAAUUGUUGAAUUUUGAAGUGGGUUUUUCAAGGUCAUAAUGGAUGGGAAUAAAGAUGAGGCUUUAAGGUGCAUUGGCAUUGCCAACGAGGCAAUUGCGUCAGGGAAUAAGCAAAGGGCCCUAAAAUUUAUCAAGAUUGCGCAGCGAUUAAAUCACUCUUUAUCGGUGGACGACCUGUUGGCUGCUUGUGAGGAUCUUGAUUCGUCGUCUGCUAGUCCUUCAAGUACUGUGUCGAGCAGCAAUCAUGUGAGAAAUGAGGAGGGUGGGGUUAAGGUUGAUGCGGUUUCAAACGGGGAGAGGACUUAUACGGAAGAGCAUGUCCAAUUGGUUAAGAAGAUAAAGAGUAAGAAGGACUAUUAUGCAGUUCUUGGUGUGGAGAAGAAUUGUUCGGUUGAGGAGAUUAAGAAGGCAUACAAGAAACUGUCAUUGAAGGUUCAUCCUGAUAAGAAUAAGGCUCCAGGUUCAGAGGAUGCAUUUAAGAAGGUUAGCAAGGCGUUUAAGUGUUUGAGUGAGGAUGACUCGAGGAGACAGUAUGAUGAAACUGGUUUGGUUGAGGAAUUUGAGCAUAAUCAGCAGUAUAAUGUGAGACGGCGGAGAAGAACAACUGGGUAUGGCAUUUAUGAAGAUGAUUUUGAUCCAGAUGAGAUUUUUAGGGCCUUUUUUGGUCAGAAUGACAUGUUCAGGACAGCUCAUGUUUACCGAACCAGAAGCGCAGGCGGUCAGCAAAGAGGAGAUUUAGGUGGAAAUGGGCCUAAUCUCAUGCUGCUACUUCAGUUGCUGCCAUUUUUGCUAAUCAUAUUGCUCGCGUAUCUUCCAUUUUCGGAACCUGAGUAUUCUUUACAAAAGAACUACACCUAUCAGUUCAGAAAGGAAACAGAAAAACAUGGAGUAGAGUAUUUUGUUAGGUCAUCGGAGUUUGAUCAUAAAUAUCCAAUGGGCAGUCCUGGACGAGAAAACAUUGAAGUUAGUGUGAUUAGGGAUUACAAAAAUAUGCUUGGCCGCUAUUGCCAUAUAGAACUCCAGAGGCGUCAAUGGAACAGAAACUAUCCAACUCCUCACUGUGACAGGCUACAAGAGUUUGGAGUUGCCUGAAAAUUGGUUCCUGUACAACUUGACAUGCAGAUUCUUGUUGGCCGUUGAAGGCUGUCGAAUUUCCAGCUGGGAAUCUAACUCGGCUUUGCUUCUUUGUUGCGCUGAUUUCAGCUUGGAGUAGAUGGCGUGAUAUUGCAUGACAUUUGUUUGACGGACCAAGAUAUAGUUGGUGGGGUAGUUGAUCCAUUGCUCCAUCACUGUUUGAUCUCAAAACUGCAGAAGAUGGUUUCGUGCGUCCAGGUCACCUAGUAGUGCUAUUCUUAUCAGUUGUAUAAAUAAUUUGUUUAGAAAUUACCUGCAUUAUUGCAUAGUGAAAAACUAUACUGGAUGGAGUGACAGUUGUAGCAAACCCGUAGUUCACUUUAUAAUAAAAUGAUAUCGGCAGCAGAGCUUCCUGGUUAUGCAA